AUGCCUGCGGACAUGGGGGACGUAGCCGAUUGCCUUAUGGGCUUUGGCCACGGCCCUCGGUCGGGGCCUAGCACCCAGCCCCAGGGUGGGGACAGGAUCCUGGGCUUGCGGAGCAGGUGCCCGCGGUACGUCUGGAUGACGGUUGCGCCCCCUCGGCCCCCUCAUUUGGGGCCGGGCGCCAGUCCUCUGGCACAGUCUGCGCAAGCAAUCACCGGGGCGAUUCUAAAGCGGGAGACACCGGAACAUGGUGCAGAUCGUGGCUGCCUGGCCCGGGCUCCCCUCAACCCACAGAAGGAGCAGUACUUCAGGAAGAGGUUCAGAGACCAGGCCACAGCUGUUAUCUCCCACAUCAAGAGCAUCCGCAGCCUCCACAUCAUGAGUCACAUCCCGGUCUUCUGCUGGAUCCUCUCCACAGUUAUACAGAAACUUCUGGAACAAACGGAACAACCAGAGCUGCCCCAGACUCUCACACAGAUAGGAUCAGGGGUGGACCUUCACUGGACUCCAGAGACCAGGGAGAUGGUGCGGUCUCUGGGAAAACUGGCCUUUGAGCAGCUGCAGAAAGGAAACCUGAUCUUCUACGAGUGUGACCUGAGUGAGUGUGGGCUGGACGCUGCAGUGGCCUCAGUGUACUCUGGAGUGUUCACACAGGUCUUUAGAGAGGAGCCAGGCCUGUACCAGGACAAGGUCUACUGCUUCAUCCAUCUGAGUGUGCAGGAGUUUCUGGCUGCUCUUCACGUCCAUCAGACUUUCACAGAGUCUGGAGUCAACCUGCUGGAGGUCCAACAAACUUCUUUUCUUCCUCGAUUGUUCAAAAACAAGACUGAACUGAGUUUUCUACAACGCUCUGCUGUGGACCAGGCCUUACAGAGUCCAAACGGACACCUGGACUUGUUCCUGCGCUUCCUCCUGGGGCUGUCUCUGCCGACCAAUCAGAGCCUGCCGCAGGGUCUGCUGACUCAAACAGAAAGUGACCAGGCCAAUCAGAAGACAGUAAAAUACAUCAAACAAGCUGAAUGAAAAGGGUCUGGCUGCAGAGAGAAGCCUGAACCUGCUCCACUGUCUGAACGAGCUGAACGACCACAGUCUGGUGAAGGAGAUACAGAAAUACAUGAGAGAAGGACGGAUCUCCAGCUUAAGUUCUCCUGCUCAGUGGUCGGCUCUGUCUUUCCUCUUACUGUCCUCACACUCAGACCUGGAGGAGUUUGACCUGAGGAAAUACCAGGCCUCAGAGACAGCUCACCUGGGUUUGCUGCCAGUGGUCAAAGCCUCCACCAAAGUCCUUCUUUGUGGCUGUGGCCUGUCCCCUCACAGCUGUGGUCCUCUGGCCUCAGUCCUCAGCUCCUCCAGUCUCACACACCUGGAUCUCAGUCACAACGACCUCCAGGACUCAGGAGUGGAGCUGCU